AUGUCCCGUCUUCCCCAAAUCGCCCCCGAGCAGGCGAAUACCCAGCAGUCCGAGUUGUUCACGGCCGUCAAGGCAAAGCUCGGGCGAGUGCCUAAUAUGCUCAGUGCGUUGGCCAAUUCGCCAGCAGCACUCCGCGGGUAUCUCGAAUUCUCGGGAGCACUCAGCUCCGGCCAGGGCCUCAACGCUCAACAACGAGAACUCGUCGCCCUCACCGUGGCUCAAACGAAUGGCUGUGAAUACUGCCUGGCAGCCCAUUCGACGAUCGGCAAGAUGACUGGCCUUUCGCCUGAGGACAUCGAAGCUGCCCGUCGUGCUGACGGCGGAGAUGAGACAAGCCGCGCAUUGGCACGCUUCACCCAUGCGGUUGUUCAAUCCCGUGGACGAGUUGAGAACGGCCAACUGGAUGAAUUCCGCGCUGCCGGGUUCAACGACGAAGCGGUUGCCGAAGUCGUGGCUCACGUCGCGUUGAACGUGUUCACCAACUACUUCAACAAUCUUGCCGAGACCGAAGUCGAUUUUCCGGCCGCGGCACCGUUGGAAUACGCACAAGUCAGGGCUGCAGAAGACGCCUGGAACUCAAGAGAUCCUGUCCGAGUAUCCCUGGCCUAUAGCGAAGACUCAACUUGGCGAAACCGCCAUCAAUUCAUUCAAGGCCGCACAGAAAUCAGGAAUUUCCUUGCUCGAAAAUGGGAGACGGAGCAAGAGUAUCGGCUGAUGAAGGAUCUCUGGACCUUCGAUCGAAGUCGCAUCGCAGUCCGUUUUCAGUACGAAUACCACGACCCCGAUGGCCAGUGGUGGCGAUCCUACGGGAACGAACUCUGGGAGUUUGAUAGCCAGGGACUGAUGCGUCGUCGCGAGGUAUGGAAUUUCUUCACUCGUGGCGCCGCCUCGGGGUUCAACCGACAUCUCGUUCUCGAUGAUGGGCACAUUGGGGAGUCUUACAUGAGAUACGUACGUUUUCUGCUUACUACUUUGAUCGCGGUUUGCGCGGCCAGUGUGGCAAACGCGCAAGACAAGCCCAAUAUUCUCGUCAUCUUUGGCGACGACAUUGGGCAGACCAACGUGUCGGCUUACACCCGAGGUCUGGUCGGGUAUCAAACCCCGAACAUCGAUCGCAUCUCCACCGAGGGGAUGCUAUUCACUGACUACUACGCCGAGCAAAGUUGCACCGCCGGCCGUUCGACAUUUCUCACUGGGCAGUGCACCUACCGCACGGGUCUUUCGAAGGUCGGCCUCCCUGGUGCCGAUGUGGGGCUUCAGCCCGAUGACGCGACGAUCGCUGAAUUGCUGAAACCCCACGGUUACGCCAGUGGCCAGUUCGGAAAGAACCACCUUGGCGAUCGAGAUGAGUUCUUACCAACCAACCACGGCUUCGACGAAUUCUUAGGUAACCUCUAUCACCUCAACGCUGAAGAGGAACCCGAGAAUCGCAACUAUCCCCAAGACCCCGAGUUCCGAAAGAAGUUCGGUCCCCGUGGUGUGAUCAAAUCGAGUGCCGACGGAAAGAUCGAAGACACCGGCCCACUUACCCGAAAGCGCAUGGAGACGAUCGACGAAGAAACCUCCAAUGCGGCGAUCGACUUCAUCGAGCGUCAGACGAAGGCGAAGAAACCCUUCUUCUGCUGGUGGAAUGCAACCCGAAUGCACUUCCGCACUCACGUUAAAGCAGAGAACCGCGACAAACCGGGGCUGACCUCCCGCACUGAAUAUGCAGACGGGAUGAUCGAGCACGAUGCACAAGUCGGCAAGAUCCUGGAUAAGCUCGACGAGCUUGGAAUCGCCGAUAACACCAUCGUGCUUUACACCACCGACAACGGCCCUCACAAGAACACCUGGCCCGACGCCGGACUGAGCCCAUUCCGUAACGAGAAGAACUCGAACUGGGAAGGUGCUUUCCGUGUUCCCUGCAUGAUUCGCUGGCCCGGCAAGAUCAAACCCGGCAGUGUUUCGAACGAGAUCGUAAGCGGCCUCGACUGGUUGCCGACCCUCCUUGCCGCAGUCGGCGAAGACGAUAUCAAAGAGCAACUCCUGAAGGGAUACGAUGCCGCUGGCAAAACGUUUAAAGUCCAUCUCGAUGGCUAUAACAUCCUCCCGUACCUCAUUGGCAAGGAGAAGGAGAGCCCACGUGACUCCUUCUUCUACUUCAACGACGAUGGGCAAAUCGUAGGAAUGCGAUUCGAGAACUGGAAGUUGGUCUUCCUCGAACAGCGCGUGAAUGGAACCCUCCAGGUUUGGGCAGAGCCAUUCACUCCCCUGCGGCUACCCAAGAUGUACGACCUGCGAGCCGAUCCUUAUGAACAGGCCGACAUCACAUCUAACACCUACUACGAUUGGCUGCUCGAUCACGCCUUCCUGAUUGUUCCAGCUCAGCAGUUUGCUUCUAACUUCCUGGCAACUUUCAAAGAUUUCCCACCCAGCCAGGAACCGGCAAGCUUCAACCUGGACGACGUGAUGAAGAAGCUACAGUCAGCCACAAACUAG